UACCAUCACGUUUGCCUCCCUGAAGCCCCCCUCCAUCUCCUUCCUACCCCUGACCCUGGUGUCAUUUCUGUACUCCGUGGUGCCUCCAGCAGUGAAUCCCUUCAUCUACAGCAUGACUAAGAAGGAGAUCAAGAUGCAAUUGAUAGGAACCCAUACCCAGAAACAGCAAAUGCCCAACAUCAGCUCUGUGAGCAAGUUCCUCCUGCUGGCAUUUGCAGACUCACGGGAGCUGCAGCUCCUGCACUUCGUGCUCUUCCUGGGCAUCUACCUGGCUGCCCUCCUGGGCAACGGCCUCAUCGUCACCGCCGUAGCCUGCAACCACCACCUCCACACUCCCAUGUACUUCUUCCUCUUCAACCUCGCCAUCCUGGACCUGGGAUCCAUCUCCACCACUCUCCCCAAAGCCAUGGCCAAUUCUCUCUGGAACACUAGGGCCAUCUCCUAUCAAGGAUGUGCUGCACAAAUUCUCUUUUCACUCUUCUUGUUUGGAGCAGAAUAUUGCCUUCUCACCGUCAUGGCCUACGACCGCUACGUUGCCAUCUGCAAGCCCCUGCACUACGGGAGCCUCCUGGGCAGCAGAGCUUGUGUCCAGAUGGCAGCAGCUGCCUGGGGCAGUGGCUUUCUCAAUGCUAUCCUGCACACGGCCACUACAUUUUCCCUGCCCCUCUGCCAAGGCAAUGCUGUGGACCAGUUCUUCUGUGAGAUCCCCCAGAUCCUCAAGCUCUCCUGCUCAGAUGCAUAUCUCAGGGAAGUUGGAGUAGUUGUGUUUAGUGUUUCUGUAUUAUUUGCUUGUUCUAUUUUCAUUGUUAUUUCUUAUAUUCAGAUCUUCAGGGUCGUGCUGAGGGUCCCCUCUGAGCAUGGACAGCACAAAGCCUUUUCCACGUGCCUCCCUCACCUGGCCGUGGUCUCCCUCUUUAUCAGCACUGUCAUGUUUGCCUACCUGAAGCCCUCCUCCAUCUCUUCCCCAUCCCUGGACAUGGUGGUGGCAGUUCUGUACUCGGUGGUGCCUCCAGCAGUGAACCCCCUCAUCUACAGCAUGAGGAACCAGGAACUAAGGGAUGCGGUGAGGACAUUGCUUGAAUACACAAUUCUUCAGCAUGUUCAGCUAUAA